AUGGUAUCAGACGACGCGUUCGAUCCGCGCCGUGCUUCCGCCUCUGCUGCCGCCGCCGUGCCGCCUCCGUCAACCCUGGCGAUGGAAUCACCUUUCAUGGCCUCCACGCCGCUCGCCUGGGCCCGUCCGGCUGCAUCGGGCUCGCGUCCACCAGCGCCCCGAUCGCCCGCGAUGCAUCCAUCGCUCGCCCAUGAUGCAUCUCUGGCGCCGAUCUCCUACGGCGCCUCUGCACAGCUGCCCCGUGAUGGAUUGAUCUCCUGUGUGCAGCCCCGUGAUGGAUUGAUCUCCUGUGUGCAGCCCCGUGAUGGAUUGAUCUCCCGUGAUGUGUCUCUGCCGCAGAACUUCUACAACACCUCGGCGUCGCUGCCCUACGGCGGGACUCCGUCUCGUGAUAUGCCGCCGGUUCCAGGCUCCCAUGGUGCCCCCGUCCAGGUGCCCUACGGGGGGCCGUAUCCCGCGCCAUACGUCGCGCCGUCGCCGGCGCAGUAUGCUCCGUCCUCCGCGGUGCCCUACGAGGCGUCGUAUGGCGCGCCCUACGCCGCUCCUGCGCCGUACGUCGCGCCGCCCCUGCAGCCCUACGGCGUAUCUCCUACGGCGCCCUACGGUCAUCACCAACACUACCGUGCGCCUCCGUCGGCCGAUGCGCUGAUUCCAUACAGUGCUCCUCCGACGUACGACUCGCAGCUCUCCGCAUCGGUGGCUGAACCAGGACCGUUUCACUUCGCUCAUCUGGUGACCGUGAAACUCUCUGCCGAUAACUAG